UUAUAUAAUAUAGCGUGCCGAAAGUCUUCGAAUGAACUGAGGUGUUGUCGAACGGUAUAGCUUCACUCAAGAAUCAGUUCUAUUCUAGAAUUCAAACUUUCAACCUAGAAGUCUCUCCUCUAAGCAUAAUGCCUGGUUGUGUCGUGCCCCGUUGUGGAAAAAAUUCAUCCCAACUCAACAUGGAUGAUCGCCUUGGAAAGCGAAUUUCAUUCCACAACCUGCCCAGUGAACCUGAAAUUCGAGAGAGAUGGGUCGAAGCAAUUCGCCAAGGCGGCCGCCCCGAUUCUUGGGAACCCACACCCAACGCAAAGAUUUGCUGCUUGCACUUUGCUAUUGAAGAUUUGGUUUACAACGGCACCAUGACCAAAAUUCGCAGGACCGCUGUCCCAAGAAUUCCGUAUUCUCCCCAAAAGAAGAGUCGCAGGAGCAGACAGCGGGUGUCAGACCCUUUGAAUACCCUGAUCCAGGAUAUUGGCCUGACUUCUGAGGACAUGAUCAGCCUUCCUCAGGAUGCGCCAGCCUACUCCAUUACCAUACCAGCAGAAGGCAACACCUGCGGCGCACAAGUCAUGGAUGUUGAUGUCACCCAGCAGACAUCUGUGGUGAGCAAGAAAGUUGUCGUUCUUCCACCCCAAGACCACACCUUCGAAGAACAAUUCAAAGGACAACAGCAGGAAAAUUCCGAAUUGGUCAAGCUGCAAGAAAAGGUUUUGUCUGCACUGAAGAAGAUGAAAAUUGUCGCUGGAAAGAACAAAUACGACGACAAAGUGCAGAUGAAGAUUGAUCAAAUGUCAAGUCAGGCGCAUGAUUUGAUGGAAACAAUCAAAGUAUCUGAAAUCAUCAAGAGCUUUGACCAAUUCAGCGAGACUCCUGUCCCAGACUACAUUGGCUUUAAUGGCAGUGUGACCAGCACCAAUGUAAACGACGACGCGCUGACGUUGUUUGAAUCAGUUAUCAAUGAGCCUUACAUGCCCAGCCAAAUAACUCCCCAAGUGACGGGCUGUGUGUACAGCAACCCUCAGGAUCAUUUGAGCAACACUGGAGAACGCCUCACCUACACAGCAUUGUAACGGCGCCAUUGUCUAUCGCUUCCCCUUCAUCGUGGGACUUCAUAUUUUGAGCUCACACCUUUAUUUUCGCUUUACAUCAUAUAUAUGUAACCUAUAACCGUUUCUAUUUUUUAUAAAAAACAUAAUGGGCAAGUAGAUUUUAAGAAUGAGGAUCAUGCUUUUUUCAUUUUAAUAAACGUUGGUGUUCGACAAGGCGGCAACUGCAGAAAGCAGAGUAUUGUGAUGGGGUAUGGUGCUAAUAAUGCGACAAAAUCCUAAUUAACUGAUGGUGAGAUUUGAAAACUAGGCAUUUCAGAAUGUUUUAUAUUCUGCAGGUUGACCUGAUUUGUACUGUCGAGGAAAAGAAUUAUGUUAUUGCAUAAUUAUAUUUGUUGCUACUACCAAAGCUUUACAAUGUUGCUUAGGCUGUUUAACCAAGAUAUCAAUAAAAAUCGGCUUUGAGAUGAA